AUGAGCCCUAAACCAAACAGCCCAGUACGUCCCAAAGCUUCCCCUCCGGCCUUCAGUUUGGAUGGCCUGUUAGACGUUCCUGACAGGCCCAAAAGCGUGAAGCCGUGCAGCCCUGUGGCAGCCCACCCUGGAGGGUCCCGCACGGAGAGCGAGUCCCACAUCAGCCUGUGCGUGCUGGGAUCCACCUGGCAGCAAGAGCGGCGCAACUGCGCUCCAACUCCCACCAAAAAGGAGCCCCGUGGACCAUCGCGCCUCAAGCCACCUCUGGGCUUCCCGGGACCGAUCCCCGCUCCCUGCUCCCGUGUGUGGGAAAGACUGGAGUGUGUGCGUGCCCGCUCUCCGUGCGCGAGGAAGACUGAAACGCCCUGUGGACCCCCGGGGGACUGUAGAGAGAUCCGGCUCAGGGCACAUUGCUGGUCCCAGCGCACCCCCACAGGCCUGGACUGCAUGGGCUGGAGGAGGCAGCUCUCCUACUCAACGCCCCUGACGGACCCCCACCUCAGCCUGAGGCAGGGACCAGAGCACAGUACAGCCCGUCCACACGGAGUCGAGCACCUGCCGACCUGCUCUUGUGUGGUGGCCGCAAUGCGCACUCAACAACUGGGCUCCCAUGGGGCAGUGCCGUUACCGGUGAGCAGCAUAGGGAGCAGUGGGUCCUCUCUGGGCCUUUCCCCUGGCUCUGACUCAGAUGGCAGCAGCCCCACAGGCAGCAUGGGCACUGGGACAGGACUAGGGGUGGGGGGUGGUCAGGGAGGCGGAGGUACUCUACGGGGACUGCUGUCCCACUACUGGAGCCUGGAGAGUCUGCACUCCACCACAGGUAAGAUACGGCCAUGGUGA